AUGGCGACCAACAUUAUUCGUACCGUUUCCCCUUCCACAAAUCAGGUUGUCUGCGAAACUCCAGAGACUCGAUGGGAUGAAGCGAGUUCCAUCCUCAGAGCGUCCCAGGAGGCUUUUGUAUCUUUCAGUUCUCUUUCCCACCAAGCCCGGAAAGAUGUUGUUGUCCGAGCUUUGCAGCUCUUCCAAGAGCGCAAGAUAGUUCUAGGCAAAGAGCUAACCUUGCAAAUGGGGAGGCCGAUUGCGUACAGCCACAAAGAGAUUGAAACUAUGCAGAAACGUGCCGAUUAUCUACUGGAGACUGCCGAGGAGGCGCUCAAGAGCAUCCCAGGAAAACCAGAGAACGGAUUUCAGAGAUGGGUCAAAAAGGUUCCUGUUGGACCGAUUCUUAUCGUGUUUGCCUGGAACUUCCCGUAUCUGAUCUUGGUCAACGCCCUCAUCCCUGCUUUGCUUGCGGGGAACACUGUCAUUCUCAAGCCGUCUCCUCAGACCCCGCUCGUUGCACAGCGAGUGUGCGAGAUCUUUGUCGAGGCUGGACUCCCACCCAAUGUUCUCCUGAUCAUCCAGUCGGGCGAUUCGGAAAUGGUAAAAAGGCUAGUUCAGGCCCCAGAGAUUCAAGGUGUCAGCUUUACUGGAUCCACCGCUGGUGGACUCGCCAUUCGCGAAGCCGCUGCUGGGAGAACUAUUCCGCUAAACCUUGAACUUGGUGGAAACGACCCGGCAUAUGUUCGAGCGGAUGCCGAUCUCCAAUAUGUGGCCGCACAGCUCGUCGAUGGUGCUGUCUUUAACUCCGGCCAAAGCUGUUGUUCGGUGGAGAGGAUAUAUGUUCAUUCCCAGGUGCAUGACAAGUUUGUUGAGGAGCUUCAGAAGGACCUAGAACAGUACAAACUGGGAGAUCCCCUUGAUUCCACUACCAAUGUUGGUCCGGUCAUCUCCAAGGCUGCUCUGGAGGCCAUUAAUGCUCAGAUACAAGACGCUCUUGCAAGAGGCGCCAUCGACGCAACACCGGAGAACGUGACCUUCAAAAACCCUCCAGUCGAAGGCAAUUAUAUUGCUCCACGCAUCCUCAUCAACACGACACACGACAUGGCCGUCAUGCGAGAGGAAACUUUCGGCCCAGUCAUUCCCGUCUACAAGGUCUCUAGUGAUGACGAAGCCAUUAAGUUGAUGAACGAUACACAAUACGGCCUGACGGCUAGUGUCUGGACGAAGGACAUCCAAAGAGCACACGAACUCAUCGACCGGCUUGAGUCUGGCACCGUGUUUGUCAAUCGCUGCGAUUAUCCAAACCCAGACUUGGCAUGGACAGGAUGGAAGAUGUCUGGGCUGGGCUGCACUCUUGGACCGCAAGCCUUCAAUUUUUUUGUUAAGCUCAAGAGCUAUCACAUCAAGGAGACUCAGACCUCAUAG